AUGGCCAAAGAGUACCAGGUGGCAGAAAAGGUGCGAAGAUCCAGAGAGCACAAUGAUGCGCUGAGCUGGAAGGAAAGGACAGCGUUGCCUCAACGAUUUGACAGUGAAACUGCCUGUCAAGAUGGUGUCGACAAUGAGGGUGAUGAGCAAGUGACUAAGUCUCUGUUCGAACCUGGAAGUCACGUCUGGCUCUAUAUGGAACGCGUUAAGCCUGGGCUUACCAAGAAACCCGCGCACCGAUGA